CAUCCACCUCUCAUAUCUAACCCUAUAAAUUCCAUCCCUCAUUGCCAUGCAAAAAAUCAGUGGUAACUCAACAAAGUAACCAUUCUCUAAAAAAUGGACUCAAUGAUUGAAAAACAAAACAAGUCCAUAGUUGAAAUUCUCUACAAAGCUUUAUUAGGCCAAGGAGCAAUGGAGUUCCAAAUGGUAGCAAAAUUGCUAGCAAGUGAUCUUGAGUAUUGGUUCCAUGGUCCACCAAAAUGUCAACACAUGAUGAGGGUGUUAACCGGCGAAAUCGAUCACAAAAAAGGGUUCAAAUUUGAGCCAAGAAGUGUGACAUCAAUUGGUGAUUGUGUUAUAGUUGAAGGUUGGGAAGGACAAGCCUAUUGGGUUCAUGUUUGGACAUUGAAAAAUGGUUUGAUUACGCAAUUUAGAGAGUAUUUUAAUACAUGGCUAGUUGUGAGAGAUUUGAGGCCAUUGAGAUGGGAAGAAGAUGAUCAUCAUCAUCAUAAGCAUGAUAGUAUGAUGACAUUGUGGAGAAGUCAACCUCGUGAUCUUUAUCGUAGGUCUCUUCCUGGACUUGUGUUGGCUAUUUAGAUUUAGAACACAUGAUGGAGGUUGUUUCUUGUGUUUUAUUUGGUUGUUUUAAGGUAAUGUUUUGUGUACAAUUAUGGAUUGUAAACGCCAUUUUCAUGUGUUAUGGUUAAUGGUUAUGUGAAGUUAUCACCAAAUUGGAAUGAAUAAGAGGCAAGAGAUAUGAUGUUAGUUA